AUGGCGCCCGAGGACAACAUGCCACAGAAAUCACCCUUCGCAAAGCUUUUCGAUCCCGAUGCACAGGUCGAUAAACAGCUACAGAAAAUCCGAGACAGGAUCUACUAUUUCGCCUGGUCUCGUGACCGCCGUGACGAGGCCAAACUGGACUGGGUCCUGUCUGAGAAUGGCGUCAAUCGCAAUGUGCACCUGAGGUGGAUUGCGGAGGCCUUGUCAGGAUUGAGCCGCAAUCACAUUAAUGGGCUACCCUGCUGGCUGCACUUGGUCAACAGGCAGAUCUCCGCAGACUUCAUUCGUUUCAUCUACUCUGUCAACGACCUCGAUAUCCUCGUGGAUCUGAAAGCCGACCACACCGAACCGAACGAGGCCAAACUUGACACGGUCGUCAACCUCCUGCAUAACGCCAACUUUAAACGCUACACCAGAUCAGCCCGCGUCCGUAUUCACUUUCCAGACAAAUACCCCUUCCAGAACCUGCCUGUGUUCAACCAGCACGCGCUUGACAACAUCGCCGUGGCUCUAGAUGGAUUCCAACAGCUUGCACACCUGUCUGUCCGCGUUGUUCCUAUGCAAGGCCCAGAAGUCUACGAGUUGCGUCUCGCCACCUUUCCGUUCUACCCAAUGUCUAUGACCAACUGGUCGAUUCGCAUGCUCAACUCCACGACCUACAAUUGGGAUGUCGUGGGAGGAGAGCAGCUCCAUCACCUCAACUUGGCUUGGGAAUUGUUUCAGGAGACUGGAUCACUGACUGCGACCGUCAAUCCGCCAGACGGCGCGAAGAGGCCGGCCAGCCACAUCGAUCAGGUGCCUGGGGCCAAGAGCGUUGUUGAUGUGCCGAAGAAGCUGGUAGUGAACCAAAAAAAGAAUGGCAGUCAAAAGAGAAAAGGCCGCAAGCUAAAGGCUCUCUCUGCUGUGACAGCUCCAAGUACCAGCAAAACCGCCCCAGAAGUAACAUCUGAUGAUCCGUCACUGCGGUCAAGCUCAGCUUCCUUGGAUCAUUCGAAAGACCACCCUCCGAUUUUGGUCCCUGGUCACGACUCGGGAUCUGGAGCGGAGCUCUCUCAUACCAAGUUGCCGAUUACUGGAAUGCCUAGCCAGUCAGCCGAAGAGCCAUCUGAUCCCGUGUCACCUGCUCACAAUUCAAUUGGGACCGCUCAGCAGCCUUCGUCCCCUGCAUCACCGACAAAGCUGGAGACUACAUCUGGCGUGAAACAAAAUUCCGCUUCUGAAGUUACUGAUGAGAACGUGGAGAACGACAACAUUGCGGAACAAAACCCUUGCCAUGCGAACCCCAUCGACACCGCGCCAGAGGACCGCGUGAAUUCAGAAAGCCCACAGGAGAAAACCCCCUCUAGUUCAGCCCCAAGUUCUGUUACGCUGGGCCGCGACCAGAGCGAGGAUGAGGCCGCGAUUCAUAACACAGUUGAGGAAACACCGCAAGUUGAAACCACCAUGAGAGGAGCAGGAGUGGAAAGCGAGAAACCAGUGCAGAAAAAGAGACGAAAUCGGAAGAAGGGAAAGAAGACCCAGUCGACUGAUACGGCGGCUAUGCCGUCAAAUGACGAGAGUGAUCAGCAACUUCCGGUUGAAUUAGAAGACAAUGGCAGUACCAUUUUCAUCAGCACUGUCGGUGCACAGGGAAUCUUCCCAAUAAGCAAGGGGUUGGACGGCAUCUUAUUCAAUGGCCAGCGAGAAUUUCCUCUGGCAGAGAUUGUUGAGUUGGAACGUUGGACCGAGGACGGGGGGUUUCUCCGGUACAAGAGAGAAAACGGACGGCGCGGCAUCAUUCAAAGGAAUCCUGAUCUCGACAGAGUUCUCCGGCAGAAAGAGAGAAUGGCCGCUCAAGAAAGUCAGAGACGAGCGGAGAAACUAUUAGCCAAAGGGAAGAGAAAGACAAAGAAGGUGAAAGAGGUCAUGAUCCGACGCAAGGGGGACUCAAACGGCCUUCGACGGAGUGUCGAAGAUACAAAGCAGCUCGCCGGCGGCAGAGAGGGCAGUGACCUACGGAGGCGAUUCAACGAAAUUACAGGAGAGCGUCUCGAGAAAGAGACCACUGCGUCCCAGGCCAGUACUUCUGAGGAUUCCGAUUCCAGCGAUGAAGAUGCCUCUUCGCCAGAAGGCCAGUGGUCCUCCCCGGAGCAAGCAAGAUAUCCUCAACGCGAAUCGUUGAUCCGCCAUGAACACCUUGACACCAACUCUGUCUCUCACCACCGCAACCCUUCUAGCUCCUUCCACGCUGUUGGAUUUAGCCUCCCCGGGUCUACUACACAAGUGCUUAUGUUCCCAAAAGAGGACGAUACAGGCGAGGAUGGUUCGCAGGUCGAGCAUGAAGAUGUCGAGGAGCGGGGGCAUGCUGACAUCGGCUUGAGCGGGACUCCAGCGACCAAUUCUGCAUCCGCACACCAGAGACACCACCAAGGCCGUCAGAUGGACGAGCAGCAUUUGAUCGAGGAGCUGGAAGACUCGGGCGACUGCGCAUCUGUCAUCUCUCAGUACGGUGAUGAGGGACCUCCAUCCAUCUCUGAUGACGAGAGUCAAAACUCUGCCACAUGA